AUCAUAGUAUCCAUUGGAAGUCGCUUUGAAGAAAAAAAGCGUCUGAUAAAUAAAUGUGAAAGUGGGCUGAUGAUGUGAUGCGGGGCCGCUUCACUUUUCUCCGGACUCUGUCCGUAACUGUCUUCACUCGGACGGACGCGGAGUGAUUUGAAAAUAUAUAAUAAUAUUGUGGACUCGUCCCACUGACUCGGGCUCAUAUAUCAGGCGCUUCCCAGCGAUAUAAAGGAUUUGCACGCGACAAUGUGGAUUCCCGGCGCGCGCAUCUCGCGCUCACCUUCCGCCGAUUCCGCGCCGAUUCUCCGCGCGUGCCGGAAGCGCUCGGCUGCGUCGCUAACGGUCGCCGCGUUCAAACGGUCGAGGCGCCUUGAGGCUGGAGUCGAGGCCUUGCUGCAAGUGGAGAGGAGCCGGCGGGAAGGAGCGCUUCGGCCACGGGAUGACGGUGCUGCAGGAACCCGUUCAGGCUGCAGUUUGGCACGCGCUUAACCACUAUGCCUAUCGGGAUGCUGCAUUUUUGGCAGAGAGACUCUAUGCUGAAGUGCGUUCGGAAGAAGCACUCUUCUUGCUAGCGACAUGCUACUAUCGCUCGGGAAAGGCGUACAAAGCAUAUCGUCUUCUCAAAGGGCACAGCUGCACAACACCACAAUGCAAAUAUCUCCUUGCCAAGUGCUGUGUUGACCUAAGCAAGCUUGCAGAAGGAGAGCAGGUCUUAACAGGAGGGGUCCUGAACAAACAGAAGAGCCAGGACGACAUUGUCGCUGAGUUCGGGGACCUGGCAUGCUACACACUGGCUUUGCUGGGACAGGUCUAUUGUAAAACGGACCGGUUAGCAAAAGGUUCAGAAUGUUACCAAAAGAGCCUGAGUCUGAAUCCGUUCCUCUGGUCUCCAUUUGAGUCUCUGUGUCAGAUUGGUGAGAAGCCUGACCCCGAUCAGAUGUUCAAGCUGACGGCCCUCCAGAACUUGAGCAGCUGCAUUGCGCAGCCCCCCCAGCAUUGCGGUGGGCCGGUCCACACCCCCAGCCACAAUGUGUGCCACAGACAGGUGGACACUGUCCUGAUGGAGACCCCACAGGACACGCUAGAGUUAAAUAGACUCAACCUAGAAUCUUCAAAGUACGUGUCCCUUAGUGUAGACUCCCCAGUGUCCUACAUCGACCCCUCAGUAAUAUCGCCAGACACUGUGCCGCUCGGGACUGGGACUUCCCUGCUGUCCAAGCAAGUGCAGAACAAACCGAAAACGGGACGUAGUUUACUGGGGGGACCGGCUGCCCUCAGUCCCCUCACUCCCAGUUUUGGAAUCUUGCCACUGGAGCCAAGUCCAGGAGAUACAACAUAUCUGCAGAACUUCACCAACACUGGUUCUGUGAUGGAGCCGCCUCCACCCGGGGUUCCACCAAAGAAGGCUGUGGCGAGAAUUAGCCAAACUGGGACAAAGUGUGUGUUCGCGCAGAGUGGGAACAGCAGAGACGUCAUACCAGUGCCUCUGAACCAGACGCAAAGCACUACUCCACAAUCCAGCACAACACCUCAAGUGCUCAGUCCAACCAUUGCUGCACCAGCCAAUGUGCAGCCAAGGAGGAGCUCCAGACUGUUCACUAGUGCCAGUUCUACUGCCAAGGAGAACAGCAAAAAGCUGAAAAUGAAGUUCCCCACAAAAAUACCGAACCGCAAAACAAAGUCAAAAAUGAGCAAAGGAGGCAUAACUCCGUCUAACAUGAAUGACAGCAUAGAGCUCCUGAAGUUGGACUCGUCUGUCUUGCCUGAAGGGAAAGGCACCGUGGUGACACCUCAGCUGCAGGCCUUGACUCUCCAGAAAGCUGCUGCAGACGGACUGAUGAGUCUGAUGCGGGACAUGGGGAAAGGCUACCUUGCGCUUUGUUCCUACAACUGUAAAGAGGCAAUUGGUAUCCUGAGCCAGCUGCCCUCUCACCAUUACAACACAGGAUGGGUGCUGAGCCAGAUAGGAAGAGCACACUUUGAACUAGCUGAGUACAUGCAGGCAGAACGAAUAUUCUCUGAAGUUCGACACAUUGAAAGCUACCAAGUGGAGGGCAUGGAGAUCUACUCCACUACCCUCUGGCACCUUCAGAAAGAUGUGGCCUUAUCUGCCCUGUCCAAAGAACUCACAGACAUGGACAGAAACUCCCCAGAGGCCUGGUGUGUUGCUGGCAACUGCUUUAGCCUUCAGCGGGAACAUGACAUCUCCAUCAAGUUCUUCCAGAGGGCGGUCCAGGUGGACCCGAGCUUUGCCUAUGCGUACACCCUGCUGGGCCACGAGUUUGUGCUGACAGAGGAGCUCGAGAAAGCCCUUGCUUGCUUUCGCAACGCGAUCCGCAUCAACACUCGUCACUACAACGCAUGGUACGGAUUGGGAAUGAUCUAUUACAAACAGGAGAAAUUCAACCUGGCUGAAAUCCACUUCAAAAAAGCUCUCCGCAUCAACCCACAGAGCUCUGUGCUCCUGUGUCACAUUGGCGUGGUGCAGCAUGCGCUGAAGAAGUCUGAGCACGCUCUAGAAACACUGAGUAAAGCCAUUGACAUCGACCCCAAGAACCCACUAUGCAAGUUCCACAGGGCCUCUAUUCUGUUUGCGAACGAGAAGUACAAGGCAGCUCUACAAGAACUUGAAGAACUGAAGCAAAUUGUUCCCAAAGAAUCUCUCGUUUACUUUUUAAUAGGAAAGGUCUACAAGAAACUGGGCCAAACGCACUUGGCCCUUAUGAAUUUCUCCUGGGCGAUGGACCUGGACCCCAAAGGGGCGAACAAUCAAAUCAAAGAGGCCAUAGACAAGCGGUACCUCCCUGACGACGACGAACCCAUCACUCCUGACAACUAUCCAUUUGACUCAGUGGAGGCAGAGGAGUCGCAGGAGAGCAGCAUGGCAGAUGUUGACGAGGCCCAGCUACACGCUGCUGAGAGCGACGAGGUAUUUUAGCACCUGGUGUGAUACUGGGUGUGGAGCACAUGACUACAUCCCCCAGCCUGACAGCAGAGAGGUGGGAACUGCUGCUAACUCAGUACCUCCUAAACUUUUUUUUUUUUUUUUGACUAUCUGCCAUUUUUAAAAAGACUUUGCUCCUUUUGCUGUGGUGAUCACAUGGCCCCCAAGAUGUCGCCCAAAUUUGUCUGCUAGGGCACCACGUGCCACUAGAGAACUCGGGCAGCUGGCACCCUUGUGUUGGAACUCUGCAGUCAUUCAGUAAAAUCCAUUU